AUGGCCAGAUUCCACACAGACUGCAUUGAGAGACCUCUACGCAUCUGUUUCAAGCUGCUGGGUCAUUUUAUUGGAUCCCAUCCUUGGUGGUUCUUGAUCGUCCCUCUUAUUCUCUCAACAUGUCUGGGGAGCGGAUUUUAUUUCCUCAAGGACAGAAUGUCAAACAACAUAGAAGAGCAGUUCACGCCUGUCUAUGGACCUGCCAAGACGGAGAGAAGAUACAUCCAAGAAACCUUUCCUGGAAAUGAUUCCAUGUUUUCACGUCUAAGACUAAGUACAGAUGGGAAUUAUGCAACGUUCAUAGCUACAAGUGACAGAAAUAUUCUGACUGUGGAGUUCCUUCAGCACAUCUUAGAAUUGGACUUUAAAGUUAGGAGUAUGGUGGUGCAGUUUGAUAACAAGUCAUUUGAAUAUGUAGAUGUUUGUGCUCAGGUGUCAUACUCCACCUCAAUGUCAAUGCAGUGGGAAUUUCAAAAAACUCCAGCUUCUGUCAUCUUUUUAUUCUCAAACACUUACGCCAUUGCCAUCACAUUUUCAAUCCUAUCAUGUUGGAGGUUGGAUACUGUAAGGACUAAGGUGUGGGUGGCCUCCUGUGGGGUCUUCUCAACAGGUCUAGCAGUCCUGAGUAGUUUUGGGUUGCUUUUGUUGCUGAAUCAACCUUUUGUUAUGACAGUUGCCUCCUACUUUUUACUAUUAGGUAUUGGCCUGGAUGAUCUGUUCAUCAUGAUAUCUUGCUGGCAGAGGACCCGUGUUCUGGACAGUGUCCCUGACCGGCUAGCUGAAACCUACAAGGAAGCAGCUGUCUCCAUCUCAAUCACCACCAUGACUGAUGCUCUGGCUCUCUUUCUGGGCUGCGGCUCGCCCUUUGGUUCUGUCAGAUCCUUCUGCCUAUAUGCCGGGAUUUCUAUCUGCUUCUGCUAUUUGUACACUAUUACUUUCUUGGGGGCAUGCAUGGCUUUGAACGGACAGAGGGAAGCAGGGAACAAGCACUGGUUCACCUGUGCCAAAGUCCCAGAAGACUUACCAUCGGAGAACUCCAAAGUCUUCAGUAUCUGCUGUGUUGGGGGUAGCUACAAUCGAAUCUCAGAAAAGGAAGAACCUGAGUCCAUGAGCCAUUUCUUUGAGCGGUUCUAUGGCCCAAUUCUGACCCACAAAUCUAUGAAGGUGUUCGUAUUUGGAGUUUACGCAGUCUAUCUGGCUGUAAGUAUCUAUGGCUGCUUUAUCUUAGAGCAGGGACUCGAUGUCCGGAAUCUUGCUUUGGACAAUUCAUAUGUGAUUGAUUUCUACAACAAUCAGAGGCAACACUUCUCUGAAUAUAGCUGUAAUGUGAUGGUAGCAGUAAAGCAGCCCUUCAAUUUCUGUGAUGAGGACCAACUGAAGCAUCUGUGUCUUUGCAUUUCAAAAUUUGAAAGUUUAGACUUUGUCAACAAUUCUUUGGCUUGGUUUCUUUCCUUUCAACAGUAUGCAAUUGCGACCAAUGUCAAUAUAAGUUCUAAAGAUGCCUUCCAAAUGCAUUUGCACAAUUUUUUAGAACUCAACUUCAUGUUCACACAAGACCUCAACUUAACAGUAGACAAUGACAUUCAAGCCUCUCGUUUUUUCAUCCAGACAUUAAACAAAACACCAAUGCAAGACUUGAUGACUGUACUCAGGAAAACAGCAGAGAAAUGUUCAGUCAAUCUCUUGGUGUACCAUCCUGCGUUCAUCUACUAUGACCAGUACACUAUCAUCAGGGACAACACCAUUCAAACCAUCCUGGUGGCUGUGAUCGUGAUGCUUGUCGUCUCUCUCAUCCUGACACCUAACCCUCUUUGUUCGGCAUGGGUUGCUUUUGCAAUUUGUUCCGUCAUUGUUGGUGUGAUGGGGUUCAUGGCACUGUGGGGCAUAAGCCUGGACUCCAUUUCCAUGAUAAACCUGGUCAUGUGCAUUGGAUUUUCUGUAGAUUUCUCGGCACACAUUUCUUACACUUUCAGCUCCAGUCCAAAGAGUGACGUCAAUGAGAAAGCAAAGGAUGCCUUGGCACGUUUAGGUUAUCCCAUACUGCAAGGAGCUCUUUCCACAAUCUUAGGAGUGGUUGUGCUCUCCAUGUCUGGGAGUUACAUAUUUAGGACCUUCUUUAAGAUUGUGUUUCUUGUUAUUAUGUUUGGACUGCUUCAUGGCUUAGUGUUUAUUCCGGUGUUUCUGACAUUGAGUGGGGCCUGUUGGUAG